GUGGUGCGUCGGGAGCGGGCGGUGGGUGUGUCUAAUCGCGUGUGGUUUCAUUCAUAACUACAGUCUUUAUUUGGAGCCCCAAUUGAAGUAUGCAGACGGGGCAGGCUGCCCGCGGACCGCUUCAAACGGAGUCUACAGCCCGGCUGAGAGCAGACGACGCAGAAAUAACAUGGGGCAGCCCUGAUCCGCGGGUUUUCGGAGGAGAGUGGAAGAUGCUGCUGAUGCUGAGGCUGAGGCUGAGCGCCGCCGGCUGCGGCGCGUCGCUGUAGUCAUCCUGCACAGAGCGGAGGGAAGCUCCUUCAACACAGCGCCUAUAAGACCGGUUCAUUCACACUGACCUGGACCAUGAGCAAUGAUCUGCCUGUUCUGACAAGUCUGACCGAGAACUCCACUGAUGUGCCCGUGUCAGCCGGCCAGGUGGAGAACUAUGUGCUACUGCUGGUGUUGCUGAGUGUUUUUGCCGGGGGGACACUGGUCCUGCUGUCCCUGCUGCUCCUCUUCUGUCACCGCUGCUGCAUGGGUGGACGACGCUACUCCAGAGCGAGUGAUGACCCUGAGAAGACAAACACCACUUAUGCUGAGGAUUCUCAGCCCACGCAAGAAAUCACCAUUCGUCUGGACGAAUCAGACGCUCUCUCAGCAUCGAGCUGUCACGAUGGAGAGUCUGAACGAUUUGUCUCCACUGGGUCUACUGGCCGCAGAGUCUCCUUCAAUGAAUCUGCACUUUACGAACAAGAGAAGACGACUCAGGAGAAAGGUCGCAGGUAUACCCUGACCGAAGGAGACUUCCAUCACUUGAAGAAGGCCCGGCUGACCCACCUUCACCUGCCUCCUGCGCCGUGUGACCUGAAGAUACUCACCAUCAUGGAGUGUGACUCAACAGAGAGCAGCACCAUCAACAUCAGCGAGAGCACAGCUCCAAAACUACCCCUCACCAUCUACCAGCCCGCUGAGAGAAGAAUCCCUGAAUGGAUGGGACAGAGCCUCAGCGGGGGUCUGCCAGGAGACCCACAUCACUCCAUCAUCCUGGACCAGGGGCCCAGGCAGUCUUCAUCGACCAUGAAACCGCAGCGCACGCGGUCCCAGACAAUGGAGGCUAUUGGGGACAGGAGAGAGGCCGAGAGCGAGAGGGGGCUGAGAGGAGAGUUGACCCAGGCUCCGGGGCAGACUUCAGUUUUGCAUUUCCUUUCUAAACUGCGCCGCCAUGCCAGCCUGGAGGGGGCCGGGCCUUACUUUAGGAGGUGGAAGUUUGACACCAGUCACCGGGCUGCCAGUCUAGACGCAAAAGGGUCCCCCAAGAGAAGGCCUUUCCAGAGACAGAGGGCAGCAAGUGAAACCACAGAUCACACCGAAGAUGACUCCUCUCCUCUCCGAGAUGAGGCCAUUGAAUCAUUUUCACACUCUCCUCUCCAGAGCAGCGGCCUCCAGUCCCUCUCCGCAGAGUCUCUGUCUCAGUCUGAAAUGACACCCACAUCUUCAGUCUUCCUUAGCAGGCUAAAACUGGAGGCUGUGGUGCAGGUAGGUGGCAGCAGCGGAGCCAGGAGAGAGGCACUCUAUUCGUCAUCAGAGGGUUGUCAUGCCUUGAGGCAAGAGGAGGAAACGGUCAAUGGAGUAGAAAAAGAGACAGCGUUUGGAGCCGUUGUGAAAACAGAAGCAGCAGGAGAUGGGCUACUAUCAACAGAUGAUGACGAGUUGUUUGUGGCACAACAAGAAGCUGCCAUUCAGGAAAGGUCUGAAGAGAUGUUAAGGGAAACCGAAGACACAAAACCAGACGGCAGGACGCCUGAUGUGAGGAAAAAGACCGAGGCCGAGGUAGAUGACGGAGAUGAGGUGGUGUUUGGAGCGGAAGCCAGACGGAGGACUGACUCGGGCUCUUCUCUUUCCUUCAUGAUUCGCCAGGAGAGCUUAGAGGCCCCUCCUUCCCUGUACAAAGACAUUUGGAGUUUGAGAGCCUCUUUGGAGCAGUACGCCUCCUCAGACCAGAGCAGCACAGAUAGAGAGUCCAUCCGCAGUGAUGCAGACAGCAUCUCGUCCCUUGGCGGUGCUGGUGCUCGCCCUGGCCUGGACAGCUGCUUGUCCCAAGACCUGGAUGAUGAGCCGGAAGGAGAUGGGGAGGGAGAGGCAUUCGAGGGAGGAGCCAGAGCGGCACCAGGUUUAGACAGUGAGUUGGGAAGUGGAGCUGGUGGAGAGGGUGAGGGGGGAAACAGGAAGCUCCUCCAAAUGGACAGUGGCUACGCCUCCAUCGAGGCGCCAUCCAGGGCCCCGGAAGAGAUGCGACUGUUCGGGACUCCUGGAGCCCCUCGAGGGAAGACAGCAUCUGAGAGGAGGCUGUUUUUCACCAGCUCUGGAAGAAAAGGUUCGGUGUGCGAGAGCAUCGAGGCCAAGCUCUUUCAAGAGGAGCUGGAGGACGAGAUGACAGACAGCACAGACAAAGACAAGAACCUAAAGGAGAAAUCUAAGACUGGGAGCCAGUCUCUCGUCCUUCAAGAACCAUUUCAACUUCUGAAAUCCCUCCAUCCUCAGAAAUCCCCAGAAUCACAGCUGAGGUCUCCUCUGAUGAAGCCAAUCCCACAGCCCUCCAGUCCUCACCGACCCCGCCUCCGCCGCCGCGACUACAGCAUCGACGAGAAGACGGACGCUCUCUUCAACGAGUUCCUUCGCCACGACCCACGAUUCGACCAGCAAGAAUCCCCGCUGCGCUCCAGGCACCGAUCCAGGGUUCACCUCCGGAAACAGUGGCAAAGACAUAAGCAGUACAGUGACCCGGGGUCGAGCUCUGGGGGGAGGUACUCCCCAUCGUUGGAGCGGCAGAGGUUUACCCCGCUGAGGAGGGGCGACAGUGCCGGUUACCCUCUGGACACCAGAUAUCACAGCACCCUCUCGCGCAUAGCGAGCGCUGCAGAUGAAGAAGCCAGCGAGGUCGCGGCCUCCGAGGAAGCAGAGAGAGAGAGCGAAGAUCCGUCAAGUGGGGGGGCUGUGGGGGACGCCACUGAAAGCGCCGCCUACAAAACAUCUGAAGAGACAGACACAACAAAGAGCAGCUCCAGUUGCGCAGGGUCGACCGGUGAGACUGAGGGCUGCCAAGACUCUUCAGACAAGGACACAGAAAGCACAACGAGCGCCACGACUGUGCAAACAAGCCACAGGGACCCAAGAGUCGACAACAGGAACAACAACAGCAGUCAAGCUAUCUUAUCAGAGGUGGCCCGGCAGGCGGAGAGCAGUCUGACAGACAAGCUGGCCGUGUCAGUGGAAGAGAGGCUUUACAGCGGCCUGCGGAGUGCAGACCACCUCAGCCAGGGAGGAUCAGAACGCGUGCUCGCCGUGUCUCACACAACCUCGCCUGGAUUCAGUCCCAUAUAACCUGUCAACUAUGCCACGUUUAUCACUUUAUUUCAGACUCGUCAGACCUGACACACAGGUCCAGUUCAAGCAUCGCCAUGUUUUAGAUAGAGUGUCACAUCCUGCAUCAGAACUUCCUUCUUGACGGCCACUCGAUCCCAGUAUUUCCAUUCAGACCUUAACUGCCACUGUGAUGACAUGUGACGCCCCUUUCUAUCGGUAGUGAUUCUUAAACUCAAACGCACUCGUUACGCAACUUUGAAAGCAUAGACCCUCCAUUAGAGAACUUAAAUAUUUUUCAGACUUAACUGUGAAUUUUUUGGCAUGCUACUGUAGGUUUAAACAACGUGUCUGUGAAUACUGUAUAGUUUUACCUUUAAAACAAAAAGCACUUUGAUCGGAAGAAAGAUAAGGACGGUGUUUGACACGCAUUUCUCUCAUCUUAAAACCACAUCCUCCUCAAGUGUCCUUCUUGUCUCUAUCAUCACGAGGGUGAACGAUAAUGCUGAACACGUGAAAAAACAAAAACAAUCUGCCGGCGGGCCUCUCUUUCAUGAACACUGUAUCAGCAGACCCUGAGAUAACGCCCUAUAUCAUGAAGUGAAACGGAUGAACAUCCAGUCACCUCAGCAGUGGAAAUGAGCGCACAAAGUGUUUUCCUGCUCAUAUUUUUGUUAGUCAUCUGUCCCUGUUAUGUCACACAAUGGAGGAGGUGGUAUCCAGGAGCUUCCGUGGGCUCGUGUCGCUGUGACUCUGCUGGGAGAAGACUGACAGUUGAUACUUACCAUGAAUGACACAGGAGCCUCUCAGGCUUUUAGACAGAUGGUGCGGCGACAAGCGAGUUGAUGCUGCGAAAUGUGGAAGUUGAAACUGAAUCCCGGCGGAAACAGAUAUGUGUAUUACAAAAUAAAAAAAAAAAAGAA